AGAGAGAGAGAGAGAUGUGGGUGUGUCUUAGGUAUAUGUACCUUUGAAAUGUUGUAAAGCAGCUUCAUUGUGAGUGACCAUGGCGAUGUUAAGGACACUGUGUGUGGCAUUCAUAAUCAGCCUGAUCGCCAACGGCUGUUAUUCACAGUCAGAUGUAUGUGGUAUAGCUUCUCUGAACACCAAAAUAGUGGGGGGACAGAAUGCUAACAAUGGUGCCUGGCCUUGGCAAGUUAGCCUGCAGAAAGCAUCUCAUUUCUGCGGUGGAUCCCUCAUCAAUUCUAACUGGGUUCUGACAGCAGCCCACUGCUUCCCAAGUUACACUGCUUCACAAGUGACUGCGUACAUGGGCAUGUACGCACUGCAGUCAAGCAACCCAAACCAACAAUCUAGCUCUAUCUCUAGACUUAUCGUGCAUUCCAGCUACAACACUGCAACACAUGAUAAUGACAUCGCCCUCCUGCAGCUGAGCACUCCAGUGACCUUCAAUAGUUAUGUUUCACCUGUGUGUCUGGCUGCACCUGGUAGUACAUUCUACACUGACACUCAGACCUGGGUCACUGGCUGGGGUGACACUGCCACUGGAGUUUCUCUCAGUAAUCCCAAGACCCUACAAGAAGUACAAGUCCCAGUUGUUGGAAACAGGAAGUGUAAGUGCUUAUAUGGAGUUGGAAGUAUCACAGACAACAUGAUGUGUGCUGGAUUGUUGGCAGGUGGGAAAGACUCCUGUCAGGGUGACUCUGGAGGUCCACUGGUGGUUAAACAGAAUGGUCGUUGGAUCCAAGGUGGCAUUGUGAGCUUUGGUACAGGUUGUGCUCAAGCCAACUACCCUGGUGUAUAUUCCAGAGUGUCCAUGUACCAGAAUUGGAUCAACCAGCAGAUCACCAGCAACCAGCCAGGCUAUUACGCAUUCAGCUCCUCCGGCACGGAUUCAGAUUUGAGUGUAUCCUGCACUGGCCUGCCUGCUAUUACUACAACCACUGUCCCCCCAACUACUACCCCUGCACCUGUGGUGUGUGGCAACGCCAAUCUGAACACCAUAACAGGAGGGGGAAACUCAUUGGCAUCUGCAGGUGCAUGGCCAUGGAUGGCCAGUCUGCGGCGCAAUGGCACUCACAUCUGUGGGGGAACGUUGGUGUCUGAGAAACAUGUCUUGAGCUCGGCUGACUGCUUCUCUAGCUCUUCCAAUGCUUCUGACUGGACUGUUGUCCUAGGCCGCCUCAAACAAAAUGGAUCCAACCCCUACGAGGUCUCUGUCAAUGUGACCAACAUCACAUUGAGCACUGGUUCAGGGAAUAACGUAGCAGUGCUACUGUUGGGGUUCAAGCCAACACUUUCCAACUAUAUUCAGCCCGUAUGUGUCGACCAGGGGGACAACAGCUUCACCGUCAAUGCUCAAUGCUGGGCAUCUGGCUGGGGAUCAGGUGGAGGAGCUGAUCAAACUCUUCAGCAGUUCAACACUACUAUACAGAGCUGUGGAAACUCAUCCUCAUCUAACAGCAGCAUCUGCACUGGAGUCAUGGCCUUAGAACAGACUAAUAAAGGAGGUCCACUGAUGUGUAAGAUUGGUCAGUCAUGGGUCCAGGCUGCAGUUCUGACUGUGGCCAACACCAGCAGCAUCAACAGCAGCAUCACUAACAGUACCUCCAGCAACACCACCAAGACACUUCGUGCCUCAACAGAUUCAACAGUCCAGGUCUACACUAAAACGGCAAGCUUCUCGAGCUUUCUCCAAGCAACAGUGGGCACCUUCCCUUCCAAAGCUUCCAAUGUAUCCGCAGCCAGCCCAGUCGUCUCCACCGCAACGUCAUUCAUCUCAGUCGCCAAUGUCCUUCUGCUCCAACUUUCUUUCUUCAUCGGGUUGUUUGCAUGGGAAUAAUGCUCUCAGCAUGCAAACAUUGCUAUUUAAUCUCUUUUUAAUUUCUUAACAAAGCCUUAUUUUACCUCCUAUACCUGUACAGUGCAGUUCUUUGUAUUUUCUAACAAACGGUUUCUUCACAAAUACAUUAUAAUAAGAAUGAUGUGCGAAGAGACGAACAUACCAUCCAUGGCAUUGCUAAGUAUUACUGUGUUACCUGCGUAAACCUGUGUCUUAUGUCUUCUUUUUGAUAAACAACACACAGACUAACUUAGCACUUUUUUCCGCUUUUUCCCUCUUUUUUUCCACUAUGUGGUGAUGACUGCACAAGUUCUUUCAUGUUUAAAUCUAAAUCUUAAUCAAACAUAUACCUGUUUUUUCAAUGAUUGACUGAAAAUCUUUUUUUUUCACUGAAUGAAUGUAAUAUAAAAGCUAAAGUCGGGCUCAGAAAGCUGACAGCCAGAGCCAAUCCGCAUAAAAUAAAUCAAAAGCGUCCAUGCCAAGAUGAUCAAUUUAGCUUAAACUCAAAGAACAACUCAGGAGUAUCUGAAUAUUAGAACCAAGUUUGGUAGAUCUCCUGGUCCAGACUAAAUCUAAACUUAACCUACACUUCAACCUCAACCUAAACUGAACCUACCUUAACCAAAACUAAACUUAACCUUCACAUAUAUAUACGUAUAUAUAUAUAUAUAUAUAUAUAUAUAUAUAUAUAUAUAAUUUUACCAACCCACUCUUUAGGACUCCCCCUAUCACCAGUAAUGCCCCAACACACCAGGAGGGUGAAGACUAACACAAGCCUCCUCCAAUACAUGUGAAGUCAGCCACCGCUUCUUUUCAAGCUGCUGCUGAUUCAGCAUUGCCGAGCAGCCAGUGCAUUGGUUCCGGUACAUCAGCUCACAAACACCCUGUGCUGCAGACAUCACCCUAGGAGUGAUGUGGGGAGAGAGCACCAUCUACCCACCCAGAGCACCGGCAGCUUGAUGGCAAAGCUGCAUAAGCGGGGGUUCAAACCUGCGACCUCCCGCUCAUACAGCCAACGCUUUAGACCGCUGGACCACUCGGCGCCCCUCCUACACCUAAAUCUUAACCUAAACUGAACCUCAACCUAAACCUUAACUUAAACCUAAACCGAAAAAUAAACUCUACCUAUACCUCAAAAUAAACUUAACCUACACCUCAGUCUUAAGCUUAAUUGACCCUCAACCUUAACCUGAACUUGACCUAUACCUCAACUUUAACCUGAAUUUAACCCACAACUCAACCUAAAUCUAACUUAAUCCACACCAUAACCUCAGUCUAAACCUGGCUGAGAAAUCAACCUAACCCUGAAUUAAAAAUUAAUCAAAUUAACCCUAAAUCUACACCUCGAACUAAACCUGAAACUGAUCUACACAUCAUGCUAAUCCUGAACUGAGCAUACACAUCAACUUUUAUAGAUGAACAAAUGUUUUGUACACCUUACCUUAAACCUGAACUUAACCCACGGCUAAACCUAAAUCAAAAUUAAUCUCCACCUCAAUUUAAGCCUAAACUUAACCAAAACUCAAACGUAAACUGUAUACCGCCACUUAAACUUAAACCUUCUACACAAUUUCUGCAUAAUUUUACUGUAAAAAAAAAAUCUUAACAUUUUCCUUGCUAGUACAUUUAGCUUACUAACACCAUCUAAUGUUAAAGAUGAGUUGUUUUUCUUAAUAUAAAUAUCUUAAUAUUUAUUAUGAUUUAUUUUCCCUUUUAAUAUAUUUACCAGGAUUCUUUAGAAACAAUAACAAUAUGCAAACUCUCUUAUAAACUCUAAAUUCUUACUCUGCUGUUUGAAUGUUGAAACUGUAGCAAUUGUACAGUACAUGUUGAGGUAUUUGUAUCUAAUUUGACUGCACAAUGUUUUUGCACUAUCCUCUUAUCAUAGAUAAAUACACAUUAGAUAAAUGGUAAUUAAGUAAAUACGUUUUGUGGCCAGGAACCCCUGGGUUAAAUUAAAAUACAAAUAGUGGAGUUUAGUGAUAAUUGCUGGAGUGCCAGCAAGUCUCUUUCUUAUUAAAGAUUAUAAAUCUAUCUUCUCUUUUUGGACCAAGAGUAUGAAUUGUGUAAAAGCUUUGAAAGUGAAUAAUGUUUUCAUCGCAUAGCAUACAAAUGAGAUUAUAAGAUUAUUAACUGUACUGUAAUUAUCGUAAUGUACACAAUCUUAAUGCCUAAACUGUGAAAGCAACAUGCACAUUGGUUACUUUAUUUGAGUAGCAUUGUUCAGGGAUCUUUCUUACUUUCUGUGAAUACUUUUACACUUCUGUUACACUUUUUAAUUCCUGAGAUUUCUUUUAAAAAAAUGCACUUUAAGCAUAAAUACUUUUACCGUAUUACUGUUGUGGACAUUGCAAGCUCAUUGCUAUGCAAAGCAACUAAACUGCACAUUAAUCUUGCAAUUGCAACAACAGUUGUUUGGUUUGUGUUUUUCUUUUUCUUUGUUUUUUUUUUUAAGUAGAGACGCACAGAAGUACAUUUAAUAAUGUUAGGAGUACUAUGUAAGAUUACACUUGAUAUCUGAGGGAAACUAUAAAGCUGGAAUGGCAGCAGUAUUUCCAAGAUUUUCCAAUCCAUCCCAAGUGGCACAACACCUUGACUUUUUUUUCCUUUAGUGUGUGUCAACCCAUUUUUUAACAUACAACAAAAGGUUAGCACACAAUUAUACAAAUGGCUUAACACACUUAUGUGGGCACACAUGACUUUCUAUACAGUAUAUUUACACUAUUUACACUUUUAUAAUGAAUGAUUUCUAUGAAUGUGUGAUGUAAAAUUUGUAACUGCAGGACUUGGAGAAGAAAGACAGUUGUUGGUUCCUUUCAGUCUUUGGUGUUUCUCUUAAAAUACCUCAGUUAAAAUAUUUUUGUGACUGAAAAAUGAAUAUUCUAGGAAUUAUUGCAGUAAUUUACACCUAAGGCCCAAAACAGUUUUUUUUACCUGUGGAAAGCAGUUACAUUGCUUGAUAAGAAUAAAACAAUUUAAAUAAA